AUGGAUCCGAAGGAGACCGCUGAGCAAUCCGCGUCUCACCUCUUUACCUGCAGAAGUGAAGAAAGAAGAUUUCUCUUCUUCAACAGAGUCAACUUCGAUGAUUUCUCUGCCAAGCCGCCGAGAAUCAGCCGCCGUAACACCAGCCGACAGAGCGAGGAAACGGCCUCCCAUCAUCACCCGAGCUUCAAGGUACCGAGUCUGAGUCAAACGAUGGACAAAUAUGCAUUCUACCUGCGUCCUCACGUAACUCAACUUGCAGAGCAGCAGGAUGCUGAUGAGGAUGACUUUGCCAAGGAUCGCUAUGGGCUCUUUCCUAUGUUCCAAUCCCAGCAGAAACUGGACAGGGCGUUGGUGCGUGUCCAGGAGUUGACACCCGAGAAGGCAGAGCAGCAAAUAUGGGUGCGUGCCAGAAUUCACACCAGCAGAGCUAAAGGGAAGCAGUGCUUUUUGGUUCUGCGUCAGCAGCAGUUUACCAUGCAGGCCCUGAUCGCCGUGGGAGAUUGUGCGAGCAAGCAGAUGGUCAAGUUUGCAGCUAACCUCACUAAGGAGAACAUCAUUGAUAUGGAGGCUGUGGUGAAGAAGGUGGACCAGAAGAUAGAGAGCUGCUCACAGCAGGAUGUGGAGCUUCAUGUGGAGAGGAUCUUUGUGAUCAGCCAGUCUGAGGCCAGACUUCCUCUUCAGCUGGAAGAUGCUGUCAGGCGAGAGGGAGAUGAGGAAGGCAGAGCCACAGUCAACCAGGACACCAGACUGGACAACCGGGUUAUUGAUUUGAGAACCACGACCAGCCAGGCCAUCUUUCGGCUGCAGUCGGGCAUAUGUCAGCUCUUCAGAGACAUGCUCAUCAACAAGGGCUUUGUGGAGAUCCAGACCCCCAAAAUCAUCUCUGCUGCCAGCGAAGGUGGAGCCAACGUUUUCACCAUCUCCUACUUCAAAUCCAGUGCAUACCUGGCCCAGUUUCCACAGCUCUACAAGCAGAUGUGCAUCUGUGCUGAUUUUGACAAAGUCUUCUGUGUCGGACCAGUGUUCAGGGCUGAGGAUUCCAAUACUCAUCGGCAUUUGACAGACUUUGUGGGUCUGGAUAUUGAGAUGGCUUUCAACUACCAUUACCAUGAGGUCAUUGACUCCAUCACUGACACCAUGGUUCAAAUCUUUAAGGGACUCUGUCACCGGUUCCAGACAGAGAUCCAGACAGUGAAUAAGCAGUACCCCAGUGAGCCCUUCAAGUUCCUGGAGCCCACUCUGAGUCUGGAGUACAAGGAGGGAGUGGCCAUGCUCAGAGCUGCUGGGGUGGAAAUGGGGGAUGAAGAGGAUUUGAGCACAUCUAAUGAAAAACUGCUUGGUCGUCUUGUAAAGGAGAAGGUCUGGAGAGAGUAACCAUGCUUUACCUUGGCCUACACAACGUACGUCAGACCUCCAUGUUCCCCCGUGACCCCAAACGCCUGACCCCAUAAAGUUUACAGUAGCUGGACAGCCUCUCGUCUCCCAUUCUGACCGACACCAUAAAACCUCAGACACCCAACCAGCCAUCAGUGACAGGAUGUGGAAGUGCCACAAUGAUUAACUGUUUGAAAUUAAGCCACUUUUAUAUUUUUAACCAGUGUAUGAUUCAGUAGGACUUUAGGGGAAACUAAUGUACUUAACUGCAGAAGGGAAUCUGUGUUUACUGUUAAGUGAUACAGAUGAUUAAAUUCUUGUACGUCUAGCUUUUUUCUACAGAUCUAUGUUCCUUGAUGCACUAUGUUUUUGGGAAUUGUAAAAUUUUAAUAAAUUAUUUUAAACUGCAUAUCCACUGUACAUCCACAAUACAUUUAAACUAUCUCUGAGUGUUUUAUUGUUUUGAAGUUUGAUUGUACAUGUACUUACAUUUUUAGCUUUAACAUCCCACAAAAUCAAGAUUGGAGUUUUGUGGCUUUUUGCCCAUGUCUAUUAUCUUUGAG